GAACUAAAAAAAAAAAUAAAAAUUAAGAGUCAAUUAAACCGAGAUUAAAGCUGAUAAGUGCUGUUAAAAAUAGACGUACAGUCUGUGCCUUUCAAUCGCUUACGAGACUUGUUCCGUUGUAGAACGACCCUGACACACGUACACACAUGUCCUACACGUGCAAGAUGUUUACUCGUUUCGCGAGUGCGUUAUGCAAAACCGCAAAAUCCGAGAGCCGAACUCUGUGGACCCGGCGAUUGUCAACCACAUCAGCGAGUAGAGCCCGUGAGAUGGAGGAACGGAAGAUCAAGGUGGGCGACACGGAAAUUAAUUACGCUAGGGUCGGCACAGGUGACCAUCCGGUGUUGCUGUUGCCAGGCGCCCUGGGGACAAUAUGGACCGAUUUUAAACCGCAGAUGGAGGGCCUGAACGCGGACAAGCUGACCAUAGUCGCGUGGGAUCCACCCGGUUACGGAAAGUCGCGGCCACCCGACAGGACUUUUCCAGAAGAUUUCUUUCAGCGUGACGCCGCGGACGCCCACAAUCUGAUGAGGACCCUCGGCUACUCGAAGUUUUCUCUGAUCGGCUGGAGCGACGGCGGCAUCACGUCGCUCGUUCUUGCCUCGGCGUACCCCGACAGCAUCCGCAGGAUGGUUGUCUUCGGCGCGAACGCGUACAUACAUCCGGAUGAGACGAAGAUAUAUAAGAACAUCAGGGACAUCAACAAGUGGUCGGAAAAAAUGAGGACACCUAUGAUAAAAGUCUACGGCGAGGAUUAUUUCAGAAAGAUGUGGGAGGACUGGAUAGACGGCGUGCUGAGAUUGUAUGAAAAUCAAGACGGUGACAUAUGCAAAGGAGUUUUAUCAAAGAUAAAGUGCCCGACUUUGAUCAUUCACGGAGCCAAAGACGCGAUGGUCCUGCCGGAACAUCCGACAUAUCUGAAACAAAAUAUCGUCAACUCGAAAGUGCAUAUUUUCGAAAAGGGCGCACAUAAUCUUCACUUAAGAUAUCCCGAAGAGUUUAAUAAAUUGGUUACGGAUUUCCUCCUUGAUCAAUCAAAAAUGUGAUUAUUAUAACAAUAUCACAUGCCUCAAUAGUCAAGUUGAGAGGCGCAUAAGAGAUCUAGGAUCAGCUCCUGAUUGAGCUACUAUUUUUAACAAUAAAUCAUUUAUAAUUUUUUCGGGAUCUUAUAGAUGCUCUGAGCGUUGGCAUCUGGCUAAUAACUGUAUUUCAAGGCUGACAAAAAUGUUAAAUUACAUAAAAAUUACUAUUCAGCACCAAGAUCCGCUGCAAUACAAGCAAUCUCAUUUUUAUUUUGGUAGUUUAUCGUAAUAUUAUAUGUACUAUAUAUGUACUAUAUUACGAAAGGAUAUACUUUAUCAUGGGAUACAUACCCGAUAGUAAUAUUAUCUUAGCAUUUUAUUAUGAUUGUGAAAUUUUACUUCAUAAAAACAACGCAUCAUUAUAAAAAUUUUUCCGAACAGAAAAGUUUACAGAAAAAAGUAACGAUUGUUACAAAAGAAAGUAACGACGUUAUUUUUUAAUACUUGCGCUUUAUUAUAUGUAUUAUUUUUUAGGUGUUUUUAUAAUAAAAGUUUUUAUAAUAAAAUGAUACAUUAACGCAUUCUUCACUUCGUCAUUUCUCUUACAACCAUUACAUGCAAGUCAUCCUUUAUUAUCUUCGAAUUCGGCUUUGAAUGUAAUGAGUUAACCACGGUUCAUAAAUUAUAUGCAUUCGAAAACAGGAAUAAUUGGAAUUCAUUAUCAACCGCCAUUAUAAACCAAGUAAUUUGUAUGUACUCGUACAUACACAUUUGAGUAUCUGAAUAAUACCUACACAUCGAUUGAUUAAAAAAUAGUUUAGAUAUUUCUAGAGACCCUGAAUUUAGAAACACUAUAUUAGUAUUCAAAUAACAAGCACAACUUUUAGAUACCUAUGUAUAUUGUUGUAUUAAACAAUUAUUGCAUAGCAUCACAGAUAAAGUUAUUGUUUUCCUUAUACUAAAACUUCCUUAUACUGCGUAAAAUCGUAUAUCAACUGCUUAAAAUCGUUUGAUACGCGUGACAUUUAAUCUUAAAUUGUACGCUCUCGAGGCACAAAGUGCACUGUUUAGAAUGAUACAUUCGCAUUUAAUCGGAUAUAUUGAUGAUAUCAACAGCGAAAAGAUACAUUGAUGGCAUCUUGAUAAUUAUACAUGAUUUUGCAAAUUGAUACAUUUACAAUUUAACUGUAGUUGACAUUGUAAUCAUUUAACAAUGUUAAUAUCCUCACAAAAGCUAAAUUAUCAUUAAUGAUAUAAAAUUAUAUAUUCAAUAAUUUUAUAUCAUUUUUCUUAUUUUUAAAUUAUUGUUAAUAACAUUAUUUAAAAUAACUUUAUUCGUCAUACACAUUCUAAAUAAUUUCUGUCCCAAUUUAUUUCACAUUAUAUAAAAAAUCAAAUCACAAUCGAUUGUGAAUCUCUUGCAAAGUGCCGCAUUCGAGAUAUGUAUGUACCGAGAAUCCUUCGUCUACAUAGAUAGAAAGCGGUCUUGUGCUACUUAUUAUACAAGUGGCUUUUUAUCCAAAGAGGGCAGAGCGCGACAUGGCGCUUUUUCGUCGUUCAACUCGUCUGACGAUCGAACGCGGUCGUAUAUUGAACGGGAAUUGACCAAACAGCAACAUGCGACCUCAAAUAACGCUCUGAGGGUCCCGUAACCCAGUGUCGUGAUCGGAGAUAACGCGUACCAUUACCUAAAUAGAUGGUAUGGGUCGUGAGCUUUUCAUACUAACCUAUUUCGACCAAGAGAUAAUAUGGAAAUUAAUUAAUUUUUCUUUUUUCUUUACCAUCUUGAACAUUGAUUAUAAAACUAAAAACGUACUUUGUAUAAAAGUAGUAUUUAGGUGUUGCAUAAUAAAAUCAAUCUUUCAUUUGUGAAUUAAAUGUAUUUCAAUUUUGUAUUAAAUCUUUCAAUUACAUUUUCUUUAGAAGUGUAAAUUUUCUACGUAAUUAAAUUUAUUAGAGGUGAACACUCUCGAAUCUUGUGAAUAAGAAAAGUAGCAUGUAAAUGCAAGGAAUAAAAAAACUGUAAUUAUCGCCGUAACCGCAUUUGCAUAUUCCAAUUACAUACACGAAAGGGAAUGAUUUUGCAUUUUUUAUUUCGACAUUUACAUAUUCGUUGAGAUAUCAUGAAGUUAUGUUUCCCGGGAAUAUCGUACAUCUCAAUUUUUUGCGUUGUAAUCAUAUGAACAUUCCUCGCUUAAAAUUCAACAACAAAAUAGAGGGGACAAAAAACUACAUGUAUACAUUGUUAUCAUAUCAACUAAUUAUAAUCAAGAGAAUCUAUAUUCUCCAAUUUCUGAAUUUUCGAUAACAUCUUUUUUUAUAGUAUUUUAUUUUGAAUGUUAAUUUAAAAUAUAGAUAUCGUGCUAUCAAUAAAUCUACUUUGCGAGACUUUUCUCAUUAAUCGUCAUCUCGUGAAUUCAACUGAUCAGUCCACUUUCAAGGAAA